CCGCAGUCAAUUUCACGAAUCAUUGACAGCUCGAAAAACGUUGAGCAGUAUAGCCUUGGGGCUCAUUUUGGAACCCUCUGCUCUAUUCUCGAUGCUCAUCCUUCUCGUAAGACAUGAUUCACGACUAAUCGAACCAUGGUGAAUAGCGUACGUCUUGCUUAAUACAAGCCUUGAAUAUAUAACUCGUCAUCCGAACCUAUUAAACUGUUCUCGCAUCAUCCAUCGUCGCCAUGGGCACCCUCACAGGUGACAUGCCACAACUGGCGGAACACUGCCCUCACAAACUAGCCACGUCCUGCCGAUUGACAUCCACACCGAAUUGCUGCGCCUGUGCCGACGAACGACACCACUCGAGUUCUUACUCAGUGUACAUAGACGGCGUUGGAUUCGUCCAGCGGGGCACGCGAUGGCAAAGUUACUGUUGGUUCUGUAAAGAAUUCUGGAACAACCGGAUCGCUUCUACAGAUCCUCCUCUCGCACUUUCUCAAACGCGAAUUCCGGAACUCCCAGAUCAGUCCGAAUUCCUCGAUCGAUGGAACGAGUUUCACCAGGGCUAUCGGAUUGUCAAGGCCGCAGAUGGGACUGAGUCUCGCAUAGCAGUUGUCGGCGAGCCCUUUAGAGACGUCUCCCCAGGAUACUUGCCACUCACACUAAACGAGCUCCGGACAGGCCAACAGAACGACGAAACGAGAGCGCUCAACAGGACGACGAGAGCAACGACGUCUACUGAAGCUGCCAGCACCACAGAAUCUCAACGCACGAUUGAAGAAGAACUGGAACGCCUCCUCGAGGACGAAGAGGACGUUGAUAUACCGUCUGCUCAACCACAACGGUCACUCGAAAUUCAGCAGUUGCGCGAACGCAGGGCGGAGUGGACAGCCGAGCGCACAAGAAGAGUUUGGGGUACUCGCGAAGACAUUGAAAGCGACGACUACAUGAGUCCAAUUACAGGCCUGUUCAAUCGUCAUCUUGAGUGGAAUCGACGGCGAAUGGAGGCGCGUCGUGUUGAAGAAGAGCAGCGGCGGCUGGAAGCAGCGCAUCGUGAAGCAGACCGGGCCACUGCUACCAGUUUGCCAAAUCCGCCAACCUCACCGCAUCCUAAUGCUUCAAGCGUAACGCCAAACGAGCCUACGCGGCGGCAGCCAUCAACUCCAGAUAUCCUGGAAUCUUUCGCAUCCUACGCAGCUGAACAAUACGCCGCAAACUCGCUUCCCUCUGGCAAUGAGAACUUGGUGCCGCAAGAGCCCCUGCAACUGCGCACCGAACAACGACGACAACUAGAGCAACUGCAGCAAUUGCAGCAACUGCACAACGAACAACAAGAGCGUUUCUUCUAUCAGAUGGUUAACGCGGACGCGGGAACAGAAGAGGCUGUACGUCGUCUGACGGCACUGAGAUCUGCUCUAGAACAUGAGCAUAACGGUACUUCCAAGCACCUGGAUAACGACAGCAGACCGGAACCGAAGACCGACGCGGAGAAGAUGGUCAAGCUAGAGUGCCAGAUCUGCUAUCAGCAGGUUGCAAAUAUGGCAUGUGUGCCUUGCGGGCAUCUUGUUAUGUGCGAGUGGUGUGCGGAUAUUCAGAUGCCAGUUAAGCAUCGGAACGUCCCAGAGACGCGAGCAAAGUGUCCAAUGUGUCGAAAGAAGGUCACCCAGAGAAUCAAGAUUCAUAUCGGUUGAACGACGAAGACUGGCGGUUUCGAGGAUGAAAGGGCUCAGAUAUCCGUACGUGGGGCGUCAAAUUCGCCAAAGCAUAAGAAUAGAAUUUCUCUGAAAACAAUCCAACUUGUUGAUCACAUUGCAAC